AUGGACUACAAGGACGCCUACCACGCCCUGCGCUCGCAACAUUCGGACCUCCAGCGCAAGUAUCAUGAUAGAGCCGAGGAGCUGAAGCGCACGAAUGUCCAGCUGUCGAAGAUCGAGAACCUGAUGCGGGCCAAGGAACGCAUGGAGGGCGGCCCGCCGACGACUCUGGCCAUGCGCGAGGAGAACGAGGCCAUCAUCAAGGGCUUGUAUCAAGAUAAAGCUCGGCUAGAACGUAGAAAUGGUGAAUUGGACCGGAAGUGCCGAGCGUUGGUCGAUAGCCUCGAGAAGAAGAAACGGGAAGUUGCCGUGUUGAAACGAGCCGCGAGGACCGGGCCUCGACGUUUAGAUAGGCCCACGACGGCGCCGGAGCACGUGGACUUGGGUGCUUCUCGAGUGUCGUUCUCGUCCAGUGGUGAAACGACGGGCCGACGGAAGAACGUCGAUGCGCUCGUGGAAAAAUUCAAGCGCCGCGUCGAAGAGGCCGAGGACCAGUUGCAACGCGUCAAGGAGGACAACAAGGAGUUGCGAUCGAAGCUCCAAAGGCAAGGUAGGCCGUUAGUCGUGAACAGUGUGAAAGAAGUAAGAUCGCCGAUGGCCGACAAGAAUAGAGGUUUCUCAGAUGAUAAUAGUGAAUUGAGAGAGGCCAAAGCGGAAGCGCAGCUCCUGGAGAUGCGCUAUAAACAACUCGAAGAAAAUACGCGCGCGCAGCGCGACGUGCAAAAGGCGCAGUUCGACCAAUUAGACGAAUACAAUAGACGUAUCAGGGAUCUGCGGCGGGCGUUGCAGGAUUCCGAAACGGACAAGGACAAGUUGCGGCUGGACGCGGAUCGCGUCGAUGAGUUGCAGGAGCGCGUUACUGAAUUACAGACGGCGAACCGACGCCUCGAAGACGAGCUGCUGAACUUGUCCGACGUUGCGUUGAACCAGGACUUUUCUGGACGUGAUAGAGAGAAGGAGCGCGUCGCGCAACUGGAGAGGAACGACGCUCGGGCGCGGGCCGAGUUCGACAACCUGCGUAAAAGCGCGGAGGGCACGCAGGAGGCCUUCGUGCAGCUCCAACAGCAGGUGGAUGACCUACGAGCUGCUAAGCAGAGAGCUGAACAUGAACUGCAGCAGCUCAAGCUUCGCAGUUCGACCGAACAGGUCCAAUCGACAGUCACGGAGGACAAAGCAAAGUUGUUCGGAGGCUUGGAUGGUGUGGACAUGGAGGAGCUCGAACGAGCGUUGACCAUCGUCAAAAAACGAGAACACAUGAAGAACCCCGAUGAUUUUGAUUUCCUGGAAAAGAUCGACCCGGAAAUUGGCAAUGACCUCAGGCAAGCGGACUUCAAGAAGAAGCUCGAAGAACUAAGGGAGCGCCAUUUACAGACCCAGUACGAGCUCGAGCGAGCCGAGAAGAUGCUCAAGGUCCAGAUGUCGAUUAACCGAGAUUUGCACCUCGAGCUCGAGGACGCGUCCUCGAAAAAGUCGGCCAAGCAUGCGGAGCUCUUGCAGAAGGUCGAGGAUUAUGAAGCGUUGAACGUGAAGCGGUUGCAGCGGAUUCAUACAUUGGAGGCUCAGCUGAAACAAGCGAGGUAUAGUACUGGUAAGUCAAAGCUCCGGAGCAUUGAUGAAGAUGACCGGUCGGAGACCACUGAAUCGACGAACUUGUUGUUGGCGGAGUUGCAGGAUGGCGAUCUACAACCAGAUGAAAAUUUGGUCGAAGUGUGGGUCGUAAGUGCUUCGCUGGACGAAGGCGUCGUCUCCCCGAACGCCUCGACGUUCGCCGUCGUCGACUUCUUGACCUAUGAAAGCCAGGCGACGCAGUGGUUGCCCGGGAGCAAGCCGGAGUUCGACUUUGCUACCUCUUACAAGGUGUCAGUGGAUGACUUGUUUUUGCGUUAUCUGGCUACGGAAUCAUUAUCCUUGGAGAUCUGCGAGGCGCAACAAGCUGAUUAUGAGUUAUUAGCGAAGGCUUCGAUCCCCUUAGCACCUUUGCUGGAUAGCAAGCCUACUUUGAUACUAGACAAGCAACCCCUGAUAGCGGCUCGAACAGGCAGACAGGCUGGUUAUGUACAUGUGGAGAUCCGCUUAGCUUUGCCAGUGACAGAAUUAUAUCAAAUGUUCUUAGAUAGACAUCCCGAUCAAAGGGCGACCAUCGAGAAGGCCAUGAUGGAGACGCUCAACCAGCCCAUGGUCGUCGGUGAGUCGGAUGAUAGUGCGAGACUCGAGAAUGAAAUAGAAGUCGUGGUCCACUCGGCAGUAGACCUACCUACCAGAGAAGGGCGAAGCAAGCCGUCGCCGUACGUGCACUACCAGUUCCUGCAGUUCCAGGACGCCUUCACUCCAGUAACGAGAUCUUCCUGCGACCCGACCUUCGAACAUGUCCUGUCGUACCCGAUGGCGACCACGACGCAAGCCUGCGCUUUAUUGAGGACGGAGCGAUUAACGUUCACGGUCCUCGACUUUCAGGAGGAAAACGCGUCCAUUGGCGACGCGGAUGACGCGUUAAUUGGUACGUGUGAAGUGCCUCUAUCAUUGUUGUCGGACGGCGAGUCCGUGUUCUCGACGGCUACGUUACUUAAUGAUACGGGCCGAGAGGUCGGCACGCUACGAGUUUGUGUGAGGUGGAAGCACGCGUUCAAGCAAGCGCGGACGCCGGACGGCUCGGCUCUGGACGAGAAGGAGGUGAACUGGUGCUUGGAGCGGUUCUCGCCGCGCAAGGACGGCCAGGUCGACUACUUGUCGUUCCUCCACGCGGUCGAUGCGCCACCUCGCGUCGACGCGGCUCGUCAGGAAUUGGUCCAAUUUGUUGAGAAACGGCGCUUGGAGACCGGUGCGAGUGGCAGAGACAUUCUCGAGAGUAUCGAUGUGGAGGCUCUGUCUGAAGACGAGUUCGCCGAUUCAUUAAAGGCCAUGGGCUGCCAAUCGUCGGCCGACGAGUUGUGUGCGUUUUUACGACAUGCUCGCAAGGCCCACUCCGGAAGGUUUGGACUUGAGGAACUGCUACAGGAAUGCAGACGAGCGCCGCCCGCGGAAGCGUCGGUGCGAAUCAAGAUGAAGGCCCAGGCCGAAAGAUUGAGACGUUUGGGAAGGGAGCUGGCCGGUCCCUUCGAGGACUUGGAUCCGGCUCGCUCUGGGAGAUUACCUCGGCCCCACUUCCGGCAAGGGCUACGAGGCCUCGGUUUUGAUCUUGUCGAUGAGCCCUCUCAGCAAGUAGAAGAUAUGUUUGAGGACAAGAGAAAACAUGACGUCGCGCAACUGCUCGGCGCGGAGUUCGUGUCCGAUGCCGAGUCUGAGGAUGAUUUGAUCGAUCGACACACGAAGGCCCGGCUCGCGGCGUUCGAGGUCGAAGAAGAUCAGCAAAAGGCCUUUGAGGAGAAGAUGCGUCGCAUGGAAGAAGAUAAUCAACGUGCGUUGAGUGCGCCGGCGCCGGCGCCGGUCUUCGUGGAGCAGGACCCCAUUCGGGGCUUGCGAGCGGAGGCGCCCGUGCCCUCAUCACCUCCCGCGCAUAGGGCGUCGGUCGAGGCCGUCAGGCCGGUCAGAGACUACGAGGAUCUGAACGUGUCGGUCGCUGCGACACUACCUGUCCAGGAUUCGAGGGAGGUCGAGACCUCUUCACUCUUAGACGCUGAGACAGCGUUAUUAGCUGCAUUAGCGAAGAAGUCCUCUGACUUAGGGAAACAAUUCAGAAAAGUAGAUUCCUCCAGCAGCGGUGUUCUAGCCAGAAAAGAGUUCGCCUACGCGCUGGGCAAGAAAAUACAACUUACCAGUGCUGAUGUGGGAUCACUCAUGGACCACUUUUCUACAUCAAGCGGCGUGGACUACAAAGCUUUCCUACGAUUCGCCGAAGACCAGAAGGUGCCUCUCUCGGCUGCCGCCAAGGCUCUGGAUCGCAUCGCCGUCCAUGCUGGUACCCUACAGCGAUUACAGUCCGCGGAUUCAUCGAUGACGGGUAGUUUACCAGCCGACACCUUCGGUACGGUUCUCAGAUCAUUAGGCCACGACCUGGACGGUAAUGAGUUACGCAACAUCACGCAGCUCUUCCCUCCGAGACGGGCGCCGAAGGGUGUCGAGCAGCACGUCGAUUACGAAGCGUUUUACGAGGCCUGUGCCGAUCGGAAGGCUUCGUUAUCUUUGAAGGAUGUCGAUAGUCGCCUAAAAAAGGCCGUCCUUGACAUACUUGCGAAGGGUGGUCCGGAAGCACUGAGGGAGGAGUUCCGUAGAGCAGACCGCCAGGGCCGCUCGUCGCUCGAUCGUACUGAUGCGGAAGCGUUGUUAGACACGUUGUUGGGGUCGCCGGCGUGCUCCCGGGACGAAGCGCGAGCCGUCCUAGCGCGAUUGGACUCGGUUGGCGAUGGUGUGACGUAUGAUGCCUUGAUAAAGUUCGCCAAGGAAGAAGAAGUGGUAAAGCCCUACUCCACAGAAACGCAGGACUGGGCCCACCUGAAGGUGCGCGUGAAGGCGUGUCUCGUUGAGUCGUACGAUCGACUCGGUAAUGAACGGGGCGACGCUGCGAUCAAAUCUUGCUUCAAGCGCUACGACUGGAAGGGCGCUGAUGUUCUUUCUUCCGAACUCUUCGCCCAAUCGUGUAGAAAUGCGGGGAUUUUACUGGGUGCCUCGGAUCUAAGAGGUUUGGCAGAGAGGUUCGAGACUGGAAGUAACACAGCCUACAGUCGGUUCCUGACCUGGGCCCUCGAAGCCGAUGCACCUUCGACAAGAAAGGAGGAGAAGCACGCUCGAAGGGCCAAGGAAGCGCUGGAGCGGAUCGCACCCUCGUUAAGGGAAGCGAGGAGGUGGGGCGUCCGCGCUUUUGAACGAUACGAUCGCGAUGAAAGAGGUACUGUCGACAGAAGGGACUUCGAGCGCAUCUUGGAGGACUUCAACUGCGACUUGGAGGGGAAGGAGCUGAAAGCUUUAUGUCACCAGUAUGCUAAUGACGAGGGCAUCGACUACAAGUCCUUCGUGAAGGCAGUCGAGGGUGACAACGUAGAAAGCGUGCUGGUCGUCACGGCGGACGCCGCCGACGUGCUGCGGGAUGCGCUCAAAGUCAAGGUGCGAGAAGGUAUUGAUUACCGAGCGGCCUUUGAGCGGGAAGACGGCUCGUACGCGGGCACGCUAGAUAGGAAAGAAAGGGUCCUGAGGCAGUUAGACAUUAACUUGGAAGGGAAGCAACUCGACGAUCUCGAGAGGAAGUUCCGAGCCGCUACGAGUGGCGGUAUCCACUACGUUGAGUUACUUAACGCGGUAUUACCUACACGACCUACAGUAGGAGACAAUUGGAGGGUGGAGGAGAAGCUGCGGGCCAUGAUCAAGCGCCGCUUCGAGUGGUGGCAGCCCGGGGCGCUGCGGCGGGCCUACAAGCACUUUGAUACCAAAAGGAAGAACAAGUUACUGCCUGCGGAUCUGGCGGACGGUCUGAGAGCUCUCAAAGUUAAGUUAAGUGCACAGCAGGAACAGGAUCUCUUCGACGGCAUGGAUUUAGAUAAAGAUGGUACGAUAUCAUACACGGAGUUCAUCGUCUUUGUGCGGGACCCCUGCCACCCCUUCCUCGAGCAAAAAGUACGGUAUGCGACGCACCGAGCGAAAUUACGACCGUCCGAUGCGGAGGACGCGUUGCGGGAUGUGGACGAUAAUAGAUCAGGUUUGGUCGGUCUGCGGGACUUUGGAGUGGUGCUGGAGCGAUUGGGUGUCGAGCUGACGUCUUCCGAGAGAAAACGCCUGGCGCAGCGGUUCGAUGGGGAUGAAUCGGGCAACGUGUCUUCCUCAGCGUUCCUGGCGUUCCUGAAGGGCGACGUCGAGAGUGGUGAGCAAGGUAAUCCAUCUCUAGCUUCGUUGAAACGGGAGCUGCGAAACAGUAAAAAAGACAUUGGCCGAUGUUUUAGGGAGUUCGACGAUGAAGAUAGAGGUGUUUUGGGGUUGCGGGACUUCCGGCGGUUCCUGGAGGCGCUUGGCGUAGAGCUGGACGCGUCGGAUGUCAAGGCCUGUGCGGAAGCGUUGGGCGACGACGGUCUGGUGUCCCUGAAAAAAUUCCGGAAGUUCGCCGAGGACGAGUCGUCUGGAGAUAAUGAUGAUAUGAUCAGAAAGGCGGCGAAGAAGCUUAAGCUCUCUUCACGUGAUGUGAAGAAGGCGUUCCUGCGCUACGACGAGGAUAAUGAGGGCGAGGUGUCGUCGCGCAACUUCGAGCGCGCGUUGGAGCGCCUGGGCUUCGACCUCGACAAGGAUAUUAUUGAAGCGUUCGACGGCAAGUAUCUGAAAUUCGUGAAGCUCAUUGAGGGUGAAGACGAGGACGACGACGACGACGUCGACGGCGUCCUCAAGAAGCUGCGCAAAGAGUCGAGAGCUCUGCGCCGGUCGCUGGAGGGCGACAUCUCCGAGCGCCGCCUGCGCAACGCGGCGGACGACGCCGGCGUGCGGCUGUCGACGCAGGACCUCAAGACGCUCACGAAGUCGUUCGAGGGCCGCCGCGACGACAUCGACGGCGACAAGCUGCAGCGGGCCCUGUCCAAGGGCGACGCCAGCGACGACGACGACGACAAAAUACUACGGAAGCUGUCCAAGGAGGUCAAGCGAUUGAACAGGAAGGACCCCGACUACGAGCGGGUUUUGAGAGAUUUUGAGCGCGAUGAGGGUGAACUGUCGAAGAAAGAUUUCCGGAAGGCCCUGGAGCGACUUGGUAUGGAGUUCGACGAUGACGAUGUUGAGGAAUUAGUUGAGAAAUUUGGCAGGAGAGGUGUCGUGAAGUCGCGGAAAUUCCUCGAGGCCAUUGAGGAGGACCGCGAGUCGGACGACGACGACAAGGUCACGCGGGCUUGCAAAGGCAAGGAGAAGAAGCUCAAGAAGGCCUUUGAACGAGUUGAUGAGGACGAGGAAGGUCGCGUGUCGCGGAAGAAGUUUUCUCGGGUUCUCGAGGAUGUCGGUGUGGAUCUGACGUCGCGGGAUCUUGAGCGAGUAAUGGACAAGUUCGAGAAACGUGAUAAAGUGGACUACGGGAAGUUCUUGAAAUCUAUUGCUGCGGACGACGACGACGACGACGACGACGAUGUUUUUGGUGCCAUAAAAAGCGCCUUGAAGGAGGCCAAGGACGAAGGUGAAUCUCCGCUGAAGGUCUUCGAGAAACUCGACCGAGAUUCCGCCGGUGAAUUAGAGGCGGACGACGUCAAGCGAGCUCUGAAAAAACUCGGCUACACGCCCACGGCCUUCGAGCUCAAAAAGUGCCAGGAGCGGUUCCCCGGGAAGAAGGAGGACGUCAACUACGAGGACUUGGUUGGGGAGUUGCUGGGUUCCAAAAAGAAGCGUAGAGCCUCGUCUGACUCCGAUGAUGAAAGCGAGCGGGGCCGGUCGCCGUCGAAGUCUCGUUCUCAUCUGAAGAAGCUCAAGAAGGAGCUGGCGAAGCUCGAAGAUAAAAAAGGUCGGAGGCUGAAGUUCGACAAGUACUUCGAGGCCUACGAUAGCGAGGGCAAGGACUACGUCUCCGAGCGCGACUUCCGGAAAGCAUUACAGAAGCUCGGCGUCGAGUUAGAUGAUGACAAAAAGGCGUUCGAGGCAUGUGCUCAAAAAUGGGACAAGCGCGGCGACGGGCGGAUACGGUGGCGCGACUUCGUAUCAUGGGCGCGGGACGACUCUUCCUCGGACGAGCGGAACCCGUCGCGGACGCGCGAGCGGCGCAGUCGGUCGCGGUCGCGCGGUAGGAGGUGAGCUUACAGCGGUGUUCCUUUUCCCCCCUCUUCCGCGUGUAAGGUAGCGAUUACUGGU